CCGAUUUACCGAUAAGUCACUGGUGCAAAUGAAAAAUCGAAUUUUUUACUAAAGUACUGAUUUUCACGAGUAGAGUUUUAUAAAAGAAAUGGCUGACUGUUUCCCAAAAUGCAAUAAGUAGUAAGUGCCAGAGAUACACACAGAAUGCCACAGACCGAACUGGCAGCGGUAGCAGCUGUUGCUGCUCAAACUUCUGCCACCGCAAGCCGCAAGCGCACGGUAUCCCCUUUAAGUUGUCUGUCCAUGAGAUCGGAUCCGAAAUCGAUUAUUGAGAUACACAUUUCGAAUGAGAACAAGACAAAGAAACCAUGCUUGGAGACGCAGAGUGGAAAUGGAACGCCAGAGGCGAAGCCAAGGCAGGACAAAGAGCUGAAACCUUCCAGCAGUAGUCAAGCAGAAACACUGUUGACGGAUGAGGAGGAGCUCCGGCAUAAGCAGUACCGAGAGAGUUGCUCUAUCUUUUUACAGGACCUGCCCUGCUUUAAGUUGCAGCAGCAGCAACCCACGCGAGAUACAGCAGUAGCGGUAGCGGAGGUUCCCAAGUGUCGCGAAUGCCGCAAGCGUCACGACGCGCCUUCCUCCAGCGAGAGCAACGCCACCAGCAACGAUGUCUAUUGCAGGUUCUACGAAUUCCGACGCCUGCAGUACAACGGCAAGGGGGAGCUGAGUGUGGCCGGGUUCCCGAACCCCUACAUCGAGCCUACAAAGGAGGACUGCAGCAUUUGGCAGCCGGAUGGUACGACGGCACCCACCAGUGGUUUCAUGGACAUACAAGUGUGUCGUUACAUACUCCUUCAUGCGGGCGAUCAGUUUUGCUAUCUGUGGCGCCAGGAAGCGGAGGCUCUGAAGUUGCACGAGAAUUCCGAUGGGACCAUCGCCUGGAAGAAGGCUGUAAAGGGCAUUCGGGAGAUCUGCGAUGUCUGCGACACCACGUUGUUUAACUAUCACUGGACCUGUCGCAAGUGCGGCUUUGGCGUCUGUCUGGACUGCUUCAAGGACAGAAAAGAAGGUCAGCGCCUGCGGCGCGUGGAGACGUCCCUGCAGAAGGGAUGCGACGAAUACCACUGGGGGCUCUGCACCGAUCCCAGUGGUUCGCAGCAGCAUGCCAUGACCGAGCUGAUGCUGACGCAGAUCAUUGCCGGUGAUGCCCUGAACGUCUUGGGCAGGUUGCUGCACGAGGUGCGCACCCUGUGGCAGGUGCCCCAGGUCUGCGGCUGCCUGCUCAGCAAGCAGGAGGUAAAGGACCCCCAGUUGAAUGCCUUCAUACAGGACAUGAUCAAGGAGUCGCAAUUGAAGCAGCACACGAGCUUCUCUUCGCUGGCCACCGAGCAGAAACUACACCAGCAGCAGAGGCUGGAGCAGCUGCACUCCAAAAAGCUGGAAUUCGCCCGGGAACGGGGCAUAGACUACGUCCCGGGUCGGGCUUGGACCAAAGAGACCCUCGGAAAGGAUCCGAUCACGAGUGCGUUUGAUAACUUCAAGCACAUAAAUUUUCUGCGAAAGGGUCUGGCCGGUCUGAGGAGGUUUCUGCCUCCGAGAGCCAUGACCCUGGCCCAGUCCACACAGCUGGCCCCCGGCGUGCCCCACGAAUGGCUGUGCGAUGGCAAGCUCUUGAGGCUCACGGAUGCAAUGCAUCCGGACAAUCGUGUGCUCUACCAGGAGGUAUGGAAGUGUGGCCAGCCCGUGAUGAUCUCAGAGGUGGCUCGCUCAUUGAACCUGGAUCUGUGGCGUCCGGAGGCCUUCUGUCGGGACUUUGGCGACAAGCCAAACGAUUUGAUCAACUGUCUCAAUGGCAACCUGGUGCCCAAUCAACCCAUGCGGCACUUCUGGGAGGGAUUCCAGUGCAUGAGCAAGCGUCUACUGGACGCCAACGGAAAGCACAUGCUGCUCAAGUUGAAAGACUGGCCGCCGGGCGAUGAUUUUGCCGAGAUUCUGCCCACUCGGUUUGCGGAUCUCAUGCAAGGGCUGCCCAUGCCAGAGUACACGCUGCGAACGGGAAAUCUGAACAUUGCCAGCUGCCUGCCGAAGAUGUUUGUGCCGCCCGAUCUUGGGCCCAAGAUGUACAAUGCGUAUGGAUCGGCGCUUUAUCCCCAAAAGGGAACGACCAACCUCCAUCUGGACAUCUCGGAUGCCGUCAACAUAAUGGUCUAUGUGGGAAUACCCCAGGACGAGGAUAGCAAACCCCAGUUGGCGGCCACUCAGCGAGCCAUUGCCAUGGGCGGAUGCGAUUAUAUCACGCGGUCCCGGUGCCAGUCUCCCGAGGUACUUCCCGGAGCGCUGUGGCACAUCUUCCCGGCUCGCGAUGCCGACAAAAUCCGCGAUCUACUUAAUCGCGUUACGUUGGAGAAGGGCUUCCGGUUGGAGCCCGAUCAUGAUCCGAUACACGAUCAGAACUGGUAUCUGGACGACAAGUUGCGGGCCCGUUUGUUCAAGGAAUACGGCGUGGAGGGUCAUCCCAUUGUGCAGUGCUUGGGGGACGCUGUCUUCAUACCCGCUGGGGCCCCGCACCAGGUCCAGAACCUGCACAACUGCAUCAAGGUGGCCGAGGACUUUGUCUCGCCGGAGAACAUCACUCACUGCUAUCAUCUAACGCACGAGUUCCGGCGCCUCUCGCACUCGCACACCAACCACGAGGACAAGUUGCAGAUCAAGAAUAUCAUUUACCACGCCAUCAAGGACUGCUGCCACAUCUUGACGCGGGCACUGGACGAACGCAUUGAUGUGGAAAUGUCGAAGCUACAGGGAGAUUAGAUCUCUCCCUCAUCAUUUACAUUUUUUCUAAGCUUAAGAUUUAAAGUCUAAUUCAGUAAAUAUGGCAAUCAAGAGAAUUGAACUUUAUUCAAUUCUCAAUCCUUUAUUAAUGUGCGUAGUAGUAGUAGUAAGUGUCUCAAAAAAUUGUGUACUGUCAAUUGUGUGUUGUCAACUUAAAGUUUAAGAUUUUCAUUCAAUAAAUAUAAUCAACCCAAAUA